GCAUAGCACUCCUCUGGGCUGUUGCAAGGCUGAUGCCUGCUAAGCUGACUUCUCUUUCCAUGAGCAGUAUCCGAAAUUGCUUAAGUCUGGAAAUUUCAGCUUUAAAGUGAAAUUCACUUAAGUGAGGAACAAAACCAAAACUGUAGCUGCUUUUUUUUCCCUUCUCCCUGUUGUGUCAGUUCUAAAGUGUUUGAUUUAUUGGUACCAAGCAAGAUGAAUGGCUCGGAAGCAAGAAUCGGCCCACAUCACCCAAAGGUCUCAGGGGAUGCUGGAGGCCACAUUCUUCCUGGACUCUUUUUAGUUACCAUAGGUCUCUGGUGGAGUACAAAGAGUAUUUUGAAGUAUAUUUGUAAACAGCAAAAAAGGUCUUCCUCCCUUAUUACUCCCCAAUUUUUAUCUCGAGCAGAAAUUUUGGAGGGAAUUGUGAUUAUUGUCGUGGUAUUAAUAGCAAUGGUUGGCCAAUUUUAUGGGAUUGUAAACAUAAAACCAUCAUCGCAUAAAGAAAUGCAGGAGGCCCAACUGCAGAACUGGCAACAUAUCGUCAUGUACGUGGUCCUUGCAAUGCUGGGUGUGACCAAGAUCUUAUGUUUCACCAUUAGCUCACUGCCAGUCUCUUUGAUCACGUUAAUGUCGUCAAAUAUCUUCUUUGUGGAAGCUUUCCUCAUUCACAACCACCCUAAAAGCCUGAUAGUGGUGGACAGCUAUGUGCAUCAACUGCUGAAGUUCAGUGCAUUAUUGGCUGGUCUGGCUGCCUUUAUAGAAUUCCUCCUCACAAAGAACAAUGUGGUUAUGGAGCUCCUGAGGUCAAGUCUCACCAUGCUACAGGGGGCUUGUUUUGUUCAGAUUGGCUUUAUUCUAUAUCCCAAAGAUAUGGAGCAUGCAUGGGACCUGAAUGAUGUCAACAACACUAUAAUUCUUUCCACAUACUUUGGUGUUUAUUAUGCAUCAACCUAUGUCAUCAUUGGACUUAAUUAUGUUCUUGUUAGCUGGUUCAUUAAGUGGAAACUUAGCAAGCUUUAUCCAUCAGAAAUUCAAUUUCUGAAAGAUUAUGAACAUCAAGAAGACUCAGAAGAUGGUAUGUGAUUUUUGUCCCCAAUUACUUCAGUUCUCCUAGAGAAAAAGUUGACCACAUCUCUCUAAAGGAUAAGAGGAAUGAUUCCUGGAGUGUAUAGUAACAACGCUGAGACACUGUGAAAGGAGCAUCAGAGCAGUGUCUGUAAGAGGAGAAAGCUACCGCAGCAUUGAAAGCCACUAUUGCCCCUACACUGUUAAAGCAGGUGAAUGAUUAACACAUGAAAAACCUGCUUGUUAUACUAGAAGCCAUCAUCUAUGCAGGGUAAAGAUCUUCUGGUGUAGUCCCUGUGAGGAAAAUCUUACCCCCAAUAUAUAAAUAAGCCCAAUAAACUCAUUCUCCAGGAUGGACUUUAGUCCAUA